UGCGGUACGGUAACACUGAGAAAGCCGUUUUGAUGAAAGAUUACAAUUGAAUUGCGAUGCAUUUAGCCAAAAUUGAACUGUAGCAGCCCCGCAAAACGAGAGAGAGCCAACGCAGAUCACCCGGAGCCACCCAACCACAUGGAUACCAAGUCCAAUGAUGACUCGGCUGGCAGUGACUCGCUGGACAAAUCUAUGCAAAUUAAGUGUGUGAUGGUGGAGACAACGGCGACGGGCGACGGAGACUCCACAGUCGGAGAUCUAGACAACUGCAGCAGGGAUUCCGCUGCGGAAUCGAUGGGCAAGGGAUCGGGAUCGAUGGAGGAAGCCGGGAAGCAGGCGGAUCACAAGACUGAAGCUGCAACGGGGACGCGGGGCGAGGGCGACAGUCCGCAGAGCAGCCAAUCCCCACCAGAACAUCCGGCCAGCAAAUCGCCCACGUCCCCAUGCACUGCCUUCGAGACGAAAGUCAAGCUUAUCUCACAGAACCUCAAGGAAACCACUCUGGCCGAGAGUACCGGCGCCUCAGUAUCAGCAUCCACAUCCACAUCUACACCCACACCCAAGUCCGCCUCCAGCAGCAGCAGCAUGCUGGAGUCGCAGCAGACACCCAACAAUUCCACCCCCGAUACAACAGACUCCGCCUCAUCGUCCGUCCGCGUGAAGAAGGUACGCUUCCAUCCGGAUGUCAAGGAGAACGACGGCGGCAACUGGAUGAAAAGAAAGCGGCGCUCCAUGCAGACCAAACGUACCUCCUCGCCCAGCGGCGCCAACUGUGAUGGCAUGGAGCUGGACGGCGAGGCCGAGGAGGAGUACGAGGACAAUGAUGACGAGGAGCAGGAGGAGACGGAGGAGGAGUUCGAUCUGGCCAAGACAAUCGCCGAGGCGGAGGAUUACCUCAAGCAGCACCCGUUGACGUUCGUGCAGCGCGUCGAACAGAACGGCGAGCGGCUGCAGGAUGGACUGCUCAGCAUCGAGGACAUGCUAAACGAAGUCGGCGAGGAGGUGGUCACCGAGUACAACGACGAGGACUUUUUCAGACGCAUCAAGCCCGAGAACGGCAUUGAACGCAUUCUGGGCAAGGAGACCAAGGCGGGAAAGGUUGAAUUCCUCUUGCGCUACGAAAACCAAGGCGGGCUCUUCUGGGAAUCGGAGGAGUUCAUCAAGCGUACGUGCCCCUCGCUGCUAAAGGCCUACGAAAAGAAUCGGGAACGACGUCAGCAGCGUUUGAUGCAUCACGUUGCCAAACGGCAGAGUCUGCGACAGCGAUACACGGAUUUCUAGUAGCGGUUACUUAGGUAUUAGGUUCAUAACUAGGUUCCACGUAAUUGUAACAUUUUUGUAAAAUGAAGUAAAUGAUUUUCUUUUGUUGAACAAAAAUAACUAAACAAA